AUGGAGCCCUUCUCUUUUGCGAGUUCCGAGGCAGUCCACUAUCCCGUCAAAGUCCGCAUAAUCAACCUCGAAGGCGAUGAGACUCCUUAUCUCUUCUCCACGCUCCUCGAGAAGCCGGAGCUUCGUCAUAUUGGGUCCAACACAAGCCCUCACUCGGACCUCUAUGUCACGGUGCAAGUCUGGGCAGGCUCGAAGCCCCUGACCGUUCCGGUACAGACAGCAUACAAAGCUUUCAGGACGGAACGGAAAUGGAACGAAUGGCUGACACUGCCGAUCAACUACUCCAACCUGCCAAUCAACUCGUGCCUCGCCGUCACAGUAUGGGAUCUGUCGCCAACCGGGGGCAACAACGCCCAGGGACAUGCAAUACCUUUCGGCGGGACCACCUUGCCCCUAUUCGACAAGGACAACCAGCUCCAUAAAGGCCGGCAAAAAUGUCAUGUUCACAGACACAAGCUUGCCGACGGCAAUGACAACACGAAUACACCUGCAGUGGUAGGGAAAAAGAAGACGGGAAGGAAAGGCGAGGUUGUCGUGGUCGAUAAGGACGCUGAAGAGAUGGACCGUAUGGAGAUACUCUUCAAGAAACACGAAAUGGGCGAGAUAGCAAAGGUGGACUGGCUCGAUCAGCUUGUCUUCCGCGGCUUCGAGAAGCGCAACCUGCAGGUUGCGAAAGCGUCCGUCAAGGACUUGGAGCGACAGCGAGCACACAAAGGCGCGGCUGGAGACAGUAAUGAAAGUGACGCAAAAGAUGUGGAACUAGAUGUAGACUCUAGUCCUGGUCCGUCCAAGUUCACGCUCAACGUGGAGCUUCCUCGUUUCGACUUCCCAGUCGUCUUUGCCGACCACGAGUAUGCUCCGCCACCAAUAUCCUCGCUACAACACCUCUCCGGCUCGCAGUCCAACAUUCAGCUCAAACCGCCCCCGGAAGUCAUGUACGGCCCCGGUAUUGACGGAGUGGGUGUAUCAGAUGGAGUGGGUAGUCGACUCGUUCGCGUAUAUGACCCAGAGGUCGGUCAGAGAGACAACCCAGCCGAGAGCAAGCACAGGCGGCUCGUCCGAAGCCAACACAGGCACGGUAUAUUGGACAAAGAUCUCAAGCCGAACGCGAAGACGCGGGACGAGCUCAACAAUAUCAUGGAGUACUCCCCAACACAACCAUUGUCCCCUGAGGAAAAGGAUCUCAUAUGGAAAUUCCGGUAUCACUUGAACCGCGACAAGCGAGCACUUACCAAAUUUGUCAAGUCCGUCAACUGGCAAGACCAGAGCGAAGCAAAACAAGCCGUCCAGGUCCUCGGAAGGUGGACAGAUAUCGACGUGGACGAUGCUUUGGAACUGCUCGGCCCGACAUUCGACAAUGCCACUGUGCGAGCGUAUGCAGUCAGACGAUUACACAAGGCGGACGAUGACGAGCUUCUGCUCUACCUUCUCCAGUUGUGCCAGGCCCUCAAGUUCGAGCAGAUAUCUCCCGAGUCUGACCAGGAAGUCACGCAAGAUUCAUCAUUGGCCCGAUUCCUGAUAUCCCGAGCGGUCAGCAACUUCAUACUCGGCAAUUACUUUUACUGGUACCUCAUGGUGGAAUGCGAUGAUGUUAGCGACGACCAAACACCUGAAAUCCGGAAGAUGUUCCAAAAAGUGGCCUUCGACUUCAUGGCUGAACUCGAAAAGCGCUCUGACGGGAAGGAAAAGAGGAAAAUGCUUUUGCGGCAAGCCGAAUGGAUCGCGAUUCUAUCGAGAAUAUCCAUCGAGAUCAAGGAAUCGAACGAGUCAAUACCUCGAAGGAUAGACCGAGUGAAGCAUUUCCUGGCUGAUCCCAAGAACGAGCUGAUAACUAUAGAUCCACCCUUGCCAUUACCGCUCGAUCCGUCCGUCAAGAUCGUGGGCGUUGCGCCGCAGGAAACGGUCGUUUUCAAGUCAUCCCUCCACCCUAUCAAAGUGUCCUUCAAGACCACCACAGGGCAGAACUACCCCAUCAUCUUCAAGACGGGAGACGAUUUGCGGCAGGAUCAGCUGGUCAUUCAGAUCAUCACGCUUAUGGACCAACUUCUCCAAAAAGAAAACCUGGACCUUAAGCUUACCCCUUAUAAGAUCCUCGCUACAAGCACCAGCGCGGGUCUGUCCCAGUUCGUCCCGUCGAUGCCCUUCCAGAACAUUGUUACCAAAUACAAGAACGCCCCCGUUCUCGCCUAUCUCAAGCAGAAUAACCCCGACGACAAGGCGCCCCUCGGCCUAAGAAAAGAGACUUUGGACACGUUUGUGAGAUCGUGCGCCGGAUACUGCGUCAUCACGUACAUCCUGGGCGUCGGUGACCGACAUUUAGACAACCUCCUCCUCGCUCCUGAUGGUCAUUUCUUUCACGCUGAUUUCGGCUUCAUCCUGGGCCGCGACCCGAAGCCCUUUGCGCCAGCUAUGAAGAUCUCGAAGGAGAUGGUCGAAGCCAUGGGAGGCACAAACAGCGACCAGUACCGCCAGUUCACACAAUACUGCUACCUAGCGUAUGCUGCGCUGCGGAAGUCGAGCAACCUGAUCCUCAACCUGUUCAGCCUGAUGGUCGACGCGAACAUUCCAGACAUCAAGCUCGAGCCGGACAAGGCGGUCGUCAAGGUCAAGGAGAGGCUGCAGCUGGAGCUCAACGAGGAGAAUGCGCUGCGUCAUUUGGCGAGGGUGAUUGACGAUAAUCUCUAUGCGUAUGCGCCGGUGAUGAUAGAUCGUUUGCAUGCCAUGACACAGGCAUUCAGAGCCUAA